AUGGCUACCACUGCUCUUAGGAUACCAGCUAGCCGUACAGGGACUCCGAACAUACCAUCUCCUCAUCCCAAACCCACCGUCUCACUGGAAGAAUGGGAAGCCAAGGCGCCUCUUUCGGAUACCGAGCUCAGAAGUGUCACUGCUAUACAGGAUGCUCUCAGAGAGAAGGCUCUGCCUUUGAAGGAGCCCGAUACCGAAGAAAUACUAACUCAAAGUUCGCCCGCGACCCCAAAUUAUCGAAGCGAUAUUGUGAACUCUGCUCAACGUUCAGGGACACCUAGGCCGGAAGCCAGAUUACCUAUCCGAGAUACUCAGACCUUACGCCCCAAUCGCCCUGUGCAAACUACUCAAGAGUUUUAUGACUGGUUCUCUCUGAUCGAACGCUCGGUCGCGCAUGCCCAAGAAGCUCAUUACAGAGACCACCUGUCGGCUGUGAAGAAGCAUUUGGACACUUGUGAAGACUUGGCCGACAGUGUGGACUCAGUGCAUCAAGAUGUAGAUCAAAUGCUUGAUGGUUGGCAGAGCGUUGAAUCGGGAGGUAGGAGUCUGAAGGAUGCAUGUGAAGAACUUCUGGACGAACGCGACAGGUUGAUCAAAUUGACAGAAGAUGUCGGGGCACGCUUAGAAUAUUUCCAAGAAUUGGAACGUGCCACUCGGUUGCUCAAUCAUCCAGGAGAAUCCCUUGUCCUCCAGUCCGACUUUUUGGAAAUGGUCGAACGCGUCGACAUCUGCAUUGACUUUCUCCGUAACCACCGACACUAUCGCGAAGCAGAGAUCUAUCUCCUUCGUUUCCACCAGUGCAUGACACGGGCCAUGACAUUAAUCAAGAUGUAUUUUGUUGGCUCACUGAAGGCUUUAACGUCCGAUAUCAUGAAACGCCAUUCAUCCAACGAGAUUUCCUCAACUGCGCAAAUGCAUCUCCUUUACACACGUUUUCAGUCGGUCGCUAUGCAAGUGGCUCCGCUAAUCGGCGAACUAGAGCGAAGAACGCGAUCACAUCCAGAAGACUUGUCUGCUCUUUUGGCAGAAUGUCAUUCAGCAUACUUUUAUGCACGCAAAUCCCUUUUGUCUGGUAGAUUAACAGAGGAGAUCAAGGGCCUAGAUCCAAGUAGAUCUGACUUGGUUGAGCUGACAAGAGCAGGCUGUACCUAUCUCAAACAACUUUGUAUAGACGAGUUCGCGCUGUAUAAAUGUUUCUUCAAUUCAGGGAGGGACUUGCUCUACACAUAUUUAGAGAGCCUGUGUGAUUACUUAUACGAUGAUCUCAGGCCGCGUAUUCUUCACGAACCGCGACUUUCGAUCUUAUGUAGUGUGUGCAAAGUCUUGCAAGCACUGAUGGUUCUAGACGUGCCAGAGGACGAAACAUCUUCAGACGAAGAGGAUGGCUAUGGUCGACAUACGGAAUCGCAACAGGGAACUGAGCAAGGGCUUGGAAGGCUGCACAUCAGCCAGAUGCUUCGAAGCGUGUUGCAAGAUGCUCAAACUCGUCUACUGUUCAAGGCUCAGACCGUUGUUCAAGCAGAGGUGCGAUACUAUGUUCCAAAGCCGGAGGAAUUGGACUAUCCGAAGAGACUACAAGAAGCGCUUCGGCGUCUGCGUACAACUCACAACAAGGAGCGAGAAACCACCAAUCGAUUUUCUGAAAUGCAUUCAUUUGGAAAUCGUGACACGUGGUAUGCUGCCUUACAGACGACAGUUACGGUACUUGACCAGCUUCACGAGUUUGUGCAGCCUACAAUCUUCGACGACAUCGCGCAAGAGGCAAUCGAGCUCUGUCGGAUAAAUCUCCUUACUGCAGCGAAUAUGAUUGCCGCACGAUCAUCUCCACCCGAAGAACUUGACGCACAACUUUUCCUUAUUCGACAUUUACUUGUGCUGAAGGAAAUGAUCAGCGUGCUAGACCUUACUGAUCGAGACGCAGAUGGAUCAUUUGAGUUCCGGCAUGUCGCAGAAACAUUAAGAGAUAUGCUACGAACUACAAGCUUCAUUCCGUACGCUUUUGGAACAUCGGCGAUUAAGUCGCGAGACGAUACUCCUACAACUGGAAGCAAAGGCAUCGACGGAGACCUCAAACGCGCGUGCGAAGUCAUCAUCCAGCUCUGCGCCCGAAGCGCCACGGAACCAAUUCAAGAUUUCAUGCUUUCACUAGACGCAUUUUCGGCGGCGGUGGCUGCAUCGCCACCUACGAAGAACAACGCCACGCAAAAUAACAAAACAGAAGACAAACGCGAGAAGGCUCUUGUCACGCGAAGUGCCGCAAUUGACGUCGAAGCAACAUUCCGUGCUUCACUUGAGAAGGAGGUUCCACAAAUAGUUGAAAAACUCACGUUGUAUCUCGCCGAAGGUGAAAAGGGCACAGUCUCUGUGCUACUCGCACAUGUACAGGAACGCGUCGUCGAUGCGUACAUCGCAUUCCGUCGAGCAGCUGAGAUUUUGCCUGCUGAGGAUAAUGCUAAUGCUGGGGACGAUACUGCCGGUAGCGGGACGGAGAAUCGAAAUUUCGCAAGUCCCGAGGAUAUUCGGACGUUAUUCAAAGCCUUGUGUUAA